AUGGCGAUGGCUUUCAAGAUGGCGACGACGGGGAUGCGUGUGACGGAGGAGUGUACGAGCUCUUUCAUGGAGAUGAAGUGGAAGAAAGUGCACAGAUACAUCGUGUUCAAGAUCGAAGAGAAGUCUCGUAUAGUCACCGUCGAUAAAGUUGGUGGCGCCGGAGAAAGUUACCAAGAUCUCGUUGCCUCUUUACCGGUGGAUGACUGUCGCUACGCUGUCUUCGAUUUUGACUUUGUCACCGUCGAUAACUGCCGCAAGAGCAAGAUCUUCUUCAUCUACUGGUCACCGGAAGCAUCGAGGGUAAGGGCAAAGAUCUUAUACGCAACGUCCAAAGCAGGGCUGAGGAGAAAGUUGGAAGGGAUUCACUAUGAGCUUCAAGCCACUGAUCCAACGGAGAUGGGAUUCGAUAUUAUCCAAGACCGUGCCAAAUAA